GGCGGAUCGAUUCCCGAUCUGCGGAAUCCAAUCAAUUCGAUUUCAGAAUCUAUUAACGUUAUCUCGCUUUUAGAUACCGUAAAUACUUAUACGCUGUCGCAAUUUAAUUGUCCGGGCCCGCACGAUCCUCCCACGCGAUUCCCCGGCCCCAAAAAGAGUGCGCUCGCGUACAGAAGAAGAAAUAAAAACAACCUCCAAAGCUUUCGAUUGCCAAAAUCGAUACAAACGACUAACCCCCGAGUCGCCGAAUCGAUACACUCGAACUCCCUCGCACCAGUGGAGCGGAGCGCGGCUGCUCCAUCGAUACAGUUUUGGCCCUCGCUCGGCCCGCGGUGUGAGGUCAACUUUCGGCGACGCUCGUCGAGUCACCCGCGCGGUUCAUUUAAACGAGCGGCGAUGGCGAGCGGAGGCCACCUGUCGGCGCUGGUGCUGGCGCGGGGUGGCAGCAAGGGGAUCCCGCUGAAGAACAUCAAACCGCUGGCCGGGGUGCCGCUCAUCGGCUGGGUGCUGCGCGCGGCCAAGCACUCGGCGGUGUUUGACAGCAUUUGGGUUUCGACUGACAAUGACGACAUUGAGCGAGUGGCGAAGAAGUUUGGAGCCAAGGUCCACCGGAGGUCCCUCGAAGUGUCCAAGGAUUCCACCUCAUCCUUGGAGACUAUUCAGGAGUUUCUGAAACAACAUGACGAAGUGGAUUCGGUGAUGAAUAUCCAAGCCACUUCACCUUGCCUUCACCCUGAGCACCUGCAGGAGGUGAUCAGCAUGUUCCGCAGUGGACAAUACGACUCGAUCUUCUCAGUUGUGCGGCGACACCACUUUCGCUGGCAGGAGGUCAACAUCAAAGAAGGGGAGGUCACGGUUCCCUUGGGACACAACCCCGCCAAAAGGCUGCGGCGCCAGGACUGGAGCGGGGAGCUGUGUGAGAAUGGCUCCAUCUAUCUCGCCACACGGAAAAUCAUAGAGGACGGCUACCUGCAGCACGGCAAGGUUGGCUACUAUGAGAUGAAGGCAGAGCACAGCGUGGACAUUGACAUAGACAUCGACUGGCCCAUCGCCGAGCAACGUGUUCUUUGCUACGGGUACUGUGGGGAGCAGCAGGCUGCUGGGAUACAGCUGGUGGUGAGCGCGAUCGAUGGCUGCUUAACCGACGACCACCUGCGGGUGUCGUCGUCUGGGGAGGAGCACAGCACCUUCUGCGCGAGCGACAUGGCGGCUAUCAGAACCCUGCAGGGGAAGGGCGUGGAGGUGCGUUUUCUCUCGGACCUUAAUCUGACGGUGCACACAAAAUUCGCAGAGAAGCUUGUUUGCAAACUCAAGCAGGGCACUGCUGACAAGCUUUCCCAGCUGAACUCGUGGAGAGUGAAGCUUGGCCUCGGCUGGGAGCAAGUUGCCUACUUUGGCUAUGACAGCUCGGAUGCAGGCUGCCUGCAGAAGGCCGGGCUGAGCGGGGUGCCGUUGUCUGCGGUGAGCGACUUGGCCAAGUCUUAUGCUCGUUUCCAAAGCACCCUCAGUGGAGGUCAGGGUGCCUUCCGCCAGUUUGCUCUUUUCGUGCAGGAAACUAAUGAGAAAACCAAGGUCGGGGACAACCAAAACGCGCCGCAUCACAACGCCGUUGACGAGCUCGCCCCAUCGAAGCAGGAGGCUAGCGAGAAGGCCAAGGUUAAAGAGGACCCUCCUCCAAAGCGUCAUAGGAAAACGCACGCAGAUGGAGCGACGCACGUCGAAACCCAAUGAAGUCUCAACAUUCCCCAACAACUCAGUGCUGCUGUAGCCUAAUCAGCUAAUUUUAUGGAUAAUUUUGCUUUCAAUUAUACUUUUAGACAGUUGUGGAAUUCCAGAGUGUGUAACCUGCAGCAGGAGGAUGUGUUCCAGUUUUCAGUCCUAGGGGUGUAAAACACUAAUGAUAAACACGUUAUGUAAAAGUUUGCGAAAAACUACUAAAGUCUAAUCAGUAUCUAAUGCCACCAAAUACCAAUACCAUUUGCCACUGCACUGUCAUUGUAUACUUGCAAAACAUUGCUCGUUAAACCAUCUUCUGAAUAGCCCUCUACUACCUUUAUCACAAGAUAUACAUAAGAACAAAAUGUCCUGCUGCGGCUUUAUGCACUUUUCAGUUGAAAUCCCAACAUUUUAUCAUUAACACGUGGUAUAAUUUUAGUUAUCCAUUACAGUAUUUAAAAACCAAGUAAAGCAAAUUUGCUUCAAACUGAAUGCGAUACUAAUUGCUCUGACACUUCCAUGUCAUUUUCAUAUGACACAGCAAGAUGUGUUUUGCCACAAAUGCAUGCCUAAAGGAAAAUUAUACAACUGUGACUGAAACGUAACUCAACGUUCAACGUACACGCGUGCACAAACAAUAGUUACCACGGUACCUACCACAAUACAAGCACUGACCACGAGUACUGAAAGAAAGUUAUUCUAAAAACUAACCUUGCAGUGGCACGCUAUACAUUGCUGUGCCAGUUCAUGAUUACCUGUACGUUAUACAUUGUCCAUUGCGAACUCGAAGCGUGCGGGCCAAAUGCUAAGUUAUUGCAUUGGCAAAUACAGUUGAUCAUCGAUGAAUUAUCCGGAAAGCAAUUAUCCGGCUUCAAACAUUAUCUGGGGGUCCCGGAGAAAGCGGCAAAACUGCGCCAAAAGCUGUAACCAGUCCGGUGAUCGGAAUCAUGUACAUGACAAAAAAGUAGCAAUGGUUGAUUUCAGUGUAAAAUAUUACAUGCAGUACAUUAUACACUACAUACAACUUAAUGAAAAUACUGCACGUAUAUACAUCACCCCAUGCAGUCUUCGAGAUUGGAGUGGUAAGUAUAGUACUGUAAGUACAGUCACUUUUUAAAGUAGGAUGCUUAUUUUUAUCUAUGGCAAUUUCAUAGUAAACAAAUUAAAAACACAAGCAUACACAAAAUCUAAAAACAAUGUCAUACAAGAGUGACAUUUUGAUUUAAAGCUUUCGUGACUGCAGGGAUUCAUAUUCUUGGUUCUUUCGGUAAAGUUAUGUUAUUGUUUCCCUUCUACAUGACUUUACCGAAAGAACCAAGAAUAAGAGUGACAUUGUUCUACUGUAUGUAGUGUAUAAUGUACUGUAUGUAAUAUUUGUAUGUAGCUCAGUGGGCCUCACCUGGACAAUGGACGGUCGACUAAUGUCACCGAUGGAGCAAGGGCAUGUGCCUUGAAGCGAGUCUCGUGGAGAGAACGGCAUGAGUCUUGUGACGUCAUGGAUCAACGUUCGCACGUAAUCGGUGACGCGUGCGUGCGCGCACGAGUUAAUGUACAAGUUAGCAGUGUGUCUGCAUUGCUGUGGACUUCAAUGUGUAGUGGCUUUGCUCUCCAACACACUUGUUGGCUGUACUAGUCACGAAUUGGCAUGUUCUGUUUACGUGACGAAUCUUACUAAUUGGCUGUGAAGGGUUUAACGACAUUUAUAUACGCGACGCGAUCGAACCCCGCCAAGCCCCCCCCCGUAUUAUGGAAGAUAUUGGUCGCGAAAGUCUGCGUGCUACACUGUAGGGCUCUCUGUCAUUGAGGUUGAUUUAGCGCAGUGGUUCUUAACCUUUACUGAAGCCUUGCACCGCCUUUGGAUCUCAAUCGUAAAAAAAAAUUGUCAUGUUAAUAAGUCCAUAGGGUUUGACGAAACUAAGUAGUUGUACUUCGGUGCCUGUGCUUAAUUUGUGUUUCGAUUAUUUACCUUCUAACAAAAAUCUGCCCGUGUCUCGCACCCCCAGAAAGGGCAUCUCGCACUCCCAAGGGGUGCAAUGUGCACCCCCAGUUUAAGAAUCGCUGAUUUAGCGUCUCGCUCAAUACCAAAAUGAAUCGUCAAACGGGGGUUUUGGGGGGGGGGGGUCGAUUAAAUUUGAACAAUUGUACAGAACCCAUUUUUAGGAGUGCAAUUUAGACCGGGAAAUUUAAAGUAACUUCACUUUAUUAUAUACUGAAUUUCUUAUCUGCUCGGUGUUGUUUUUAUUCAAAUAAUUAAUAAGAUAUGGGUGAUACAAGAAAAUUACGUGAUGGUGUUUAAUUGCAUGGUGCCAAAUUGAAAUGGGUAUUUUAGAGAAUGUAACUAUACAAACCUAGCUUGACAUUCUUGGUUCUUUCGGUAAAGUCACGUAGAAGGGAAACAAAAUAAUAAAAAUAUAAAACAAUAAAA